CACUAGCGCGGUCACGACGUUGCUAUACUCAUAUUGCCGAUAACACUAUUGCCGAGAACUUGUUAUCUCUUAUCAAUAUGAUACAUCAUUACCUUACAAGCACCGUGAUAAACGUUUAUUCGCGAUAAAACGAUUUAUAUUACUCAUACAAAUUAACUUUUAAUAAUGUUCAUAGGAAAUUUGUUAAAAAUAGAGAUUUGUGAUUUAGCAAGAUGAGGUGUUUUUUGAUUGUUUUCUUUGUGUACACAGUUAGUUGUGAACUAUGUUCUCGUGACGAAAGAUUAAAUAUAACUGAGGGUGUGAAGUUUGAAAAUGAAUCUAUUAUAUUCGAGGAUGUAGAGUAUGUGAAGGGAAAUUGGUUCGAAUUAGAAGAUGGUACAUUUGGUUGUCCCUGUAUUGGGCGUACUUGUUUGUGGAAAUGCUGUGGGGCCGGACAGGCUUAUGUCAACAGAUCCUGUACGGAUGUGGACAUGACGGAAGUGAAUCCUUUUAAUCCACCUGUUUAUAAAGGGGCGGAGGCAACAAGUAUCAACGCAUCGGCCCAAUUCUUUUAUAAGUACACGCUGUCUUGUCCAAAAUACCUAGUUGGUGCUAGAAAUAACGAGUUUACUUAUAUACAGAAGAACGGGACCUUGUAUGAGAUAGCAGAUGGCCUGCCUCAGUGGCAUCCACCAGCAAGAUACUGUGUUGAAAUGUGGCAGGACGCUACUCAUAUAGAGCCGAUAUUGGUGGCGGGUGUGUGCUACCCUGACGACGGCCAACAGGAUGUUGACAGUCCUGCGCUUUUUAUCGCAUAUAGUAUAGGUCUAAUGAUAUCGAUACCGUUCCUGUUGGCAACAUUCCUGGUGUACGCGUUCAUCCCGGAGUUACGCAAUCUACACGGCCUAUGUCUUAUGGCGUACUGCGGUGGACUAAUAAUUGCCUAUUCCUUCCUGUCUUACUUGAAACUACACUUUGGGAAGAUUGGCGUUGAUAUGACCGGAUGUUAUAUUAUAGCGUUCAUCGUGUACUACACUUUUCAAACGAGUUUUUUCUGGCUUAACAUCAUGUGUAUCGAUAUAUGGAGAACUUUUAGAAACGUGGCACCAACUUCUGUCGCAUUUCACCCAGACCACCAUGGCUACAGAGGUACUUCGAACAAACGUCGGGAGAAGAAGCGUUUUGCCUUAUAUGGGUUGUAUGCGUGGGGGGUACCAGCAAUCCUCACCGCGGUAACAAUUGCUAUGCAGUACAGUGAGAAUCUGCCUCCAGGUGUGGUUACACCUGGAUUUGGAACGCAGAGGUGCUGGUUUGCUGAUUGGAUGAGCGAAUUGGUGUACUUUUUCAUCCCCGUGUUUUUGUUGGUUAUUUGCAAUGCUGUGCUCUUCACAAUCACGGCAUAUCGCAUUCGUGCGAUUCGUCAGGAAACUGCUAUAUUGAAAGGUGCCGAAUCAUCGCGAAGUGACAAAUUGAAGAAAGAUAAACAAAGAUAUGGACUUUAUUUAAAACUGUUUGUGGUGAUGGGCGUCAAUUGGUCUGUGGAAGUGAUAAGCUUCGCUGUGGGCGGUUCAAACUGGUAUUGGGUACUGAUAGAUUUAUCUAACAUCGCUCUUGGCAUCUACAUAUUCUUCAUAUUCGUGUGGAAGAACAAAGUUCGCAACCUUGUUACUAAGAAGUGGCAGAGGCUCCGAGGAGUUCGUAUGCCGGAGACUAGCACAGGUCGGUGGAUGUCCAGCUCGGCACAAACAGAGGACACUAGGAUCUCGCACGACGAAACUGGCAUACGACUUAAGGAACUCCGUUGAUUUCUUCUACAGUAAUGCACCAACAAUAGAAUUAGUAUAGCCAUCACUCUACAUUUUAGAUUUUACACCCUUAGUUAUACAAACUAAAUUAGUCUAAUUGUAUUAUUUUAAAUAAAGUACUCUUUCGUUUCUUACUGUCGAAUUGUGGCUAUGUCAACGUAAAAUUGUAAAAACCGUUAGAUUGUAAUCUAUCUCGCGAGAUUGUAAACUGUCGAAAAGUUGUGUGUCGGUGUUUUGGUAAAUGUAAAUUGAUGUCGUCUUGAAAGUAACUCACAGCUUUAGGAUGUUGAAAGUGAAC